GGCUGUUUUUGAUACAUGAACCGACACAAAGGCUGGAAAAAAUAUCCAUGAAAAAAAUGAGAUGUGGACCCUUUAAUCCUAAUUCAAAGCAGCAGAUCAAUAAGCUCAACGUCCACGCGCCUCCACCUACCAGCCGCCGUGUGUGAGGGCACUCCCCCCCUUCAGGAGCCCCUCAGAGGAGCUCGCGUGAGGAGCGUGGAGGAGCAGCGGGAUCAUGAGCAGCCUGGCAGAUGGAGCUCAGCUGAAGCCGAUCCGCCUCAUCGCGGCUGCGUGUAAUAACCUGGGCAUAGGGAAGGACGGACGGCUUCCGUGGAACAUUCCGUCAGAGUUUCAGUUCUUCUUGGACACCGUUACAGCUGUGAGCCAACCAGGAAAAAAGAACCUGCUGAUCUGGGGCAGAUGUACCUGGUUCUCUUGCCCAGAGGGUGUUUUGCCCCUGCCCAAUACCCUCCAUGUGAUUCUGAGCAAAAAGCUGAGGUCUGUCCCAAAACUCGCCCACUACCUGUGUGAGGAUUUUGAUGGAAUGAUCCGCUUGGCCUCCCUGCCCCCUCUCAAUGACCUGAUAGAGAUCGUCUGGGUCAUAGGGGGAACUAACGUCUACAGGGAAGCUAUGGAGCAUCCGUGGUGUGAUCUUAUCUACCUGACUGACAUCAUGGCUGACUUUGACUGUGAUGUUUUCUUUCCAAAUUUUGACAAGAAUGUUUACAGGAAACAAAGCGGGUUCCCUGGUGUCCCAGAUGAGAUUCAAGAGGAAAAUGGCAUAAAAUUUCAGUUUCAAGUCUUUAAAAAGGAAUGCUGACGAAGAAGCAAUAAGCAGAUAGUGGGACUAUUUGUGGCUUUGUGCCCACUGAGUUAAUGACUCAGGGAAGUUAUGUAUCUACUUUUUAAAAACAUUUUUAGUAAUCAUAACUAAUUUUGUACUUUUUACAAAAUUCUGAGUCAUACUUUGUGAUUUCAUACUAUCAAAAGCCCAGAAACCAGAAUAGUUUCUAAUAAACUGCAUAUUUAUUACAUAAAUAGUAUGUAGUACACAACUACUUUACAGAUUUCUUACAACUGCAACAUUGUUAUACUGUAAUUCAUGUAAAGAUUCUAAUGUCACUGUACCAAGGCCAUGUUUGAAGACGUCUUGUCUUGACUUCUGAUUCUGUGCCGAGUCUCCGAAGUAGAUGUAUUGCAUAACAAAUCACAUUCCACAUGACUGGAUACAGCAGAUGGGCAAACAGGAACGGGUGCCAGUGACUAGCGUGUCAUCUCUCGCAAAGAAACAUACAACAGUUCGUAACCACUCACCAGAUCCACUGUUACUCAUCCCACCAUGUCACCAUGGUUACACAACAAAGAUAAAGCAGACCAGCAGAGGGACAAGAGACAGUGGGACUCCUGCGUUUCUGGACCCCGAACACAUAAAUUGUAUUAACAUACCAUCUGCUAGUAGAUCUAUGCCAUGCCUCUCUACACCACCCUGAAGACAUUAAUGAAUAUAAAAUAAAAAUGUUAUUGUUUA